CCUCAUCUGACAUUAGCAGUACACCAAAACCGCUGAAGAAAAUUUCAUGUUCGAUCCUAGUUUGGAUCUUCAGAGCGCGGAAGGAAACGAGACUGGUUUCGGUAAUAGAAGGAAACGAGACUGCUUGUGCUUUCACACGACCAUCGAGAAUCACUAGGAGCGUAGGCCUGCAUCUACCACGACGACCAAAAGCAUUUGCGUUUCUGGCUGCAUCAGGGCCGCCCGCGGAAAAGCAAACGUGCUGCCGCAGUGGAAGAAGACGACCUCAGGGGAGGAAAACGACCUCAGGGGAAGAAAACGACCUCAGUGGAAGACUAUCUCAGUCGAGUUCUGACGUGGUGGAACAAGUCGUGGAAUUCGCAAGGCGCACUCUUGUAGCCGAAGACCUUGGAUUUGACGGCAGAUCUGUAGUUAUAAACGAGCCUUAAUCCUCUUCCCGUGGAUUUCGUUGGAGGGCAUAUCUCUCGCAGCAUGCUGCUCAAGGACUAUCGAAGCAUGUUGCUCAAGUACUAGUUUCCUGCAGGAGACGAAGAAGGGCGCGGUCUAGUACUGGUUGUAG